CUAAAUCAUAACACUUGAAUUUGAUUAUGUCAUAAUGAAAUUGUUAUAUUAAAUAUGCUUGGGACUUAUAAAUCUUAUAAUUUAUUAUGAUUAUUUUCUUUUAACUUCUCUUAUUGUUAAAUAUAUAACAAAUAAAACGAUUAUGGCAAUGUUAUAAAACUUGAUUACUUUAUAAUUGAUUAUUCAAUCAUUUAAAUUGCAUAAUAAUUAGGCUACAAUUAAACAAAAACAUAAAUAACUGAUGAUUUUUGAAAGUGAAGACAACAGGAAUGCGAAAAGCAAUAAUCCAUCCAGAAAACAUUCCAUUUCAAUUUUAUCGCCUUCAACAUCUUCAAUUGAAUUGACAGGACAUAAUCAAAAUAAUAAUAAUAGUAGCAGUGCUAUUAAUAGAAUGACAAAUCAUUCAAAAUUUGAUAAUUUAUCAUCUGAAUAUAAUCCCAGUCAUAAUAGAUGGUCACCAGAACAUUUUAAUAGUAAUAAUAAUAAAGCAAAUAAUUCAAAUCGGCAUACACCUAAUAAAUAUCUCACAAUCAAUCCAUAUUACAAUAUGGAGGAUUCCAAUGCAUCUUCUUCUAAUGAAACAAAAAUUCAAAUAUUGAAAUCAAUUGAUAAUGAUGGUGUCGGUAGUGGUUUUACUAGUUGUACCAGUGGUAAUAUAGGUCAAAUUGGAGUUAUUUCAACUAAUCUUAGUAAUGAUAAUAAUAAUAACACUAUUGCUACUUCAAUUACCAAUAAUACUCCCAGUAGUAAUAACAAUUUUGAUAUCGAUUGUUUUCAUUAUCCGUUACGUGAAGCAAUGAAUCAGGAUCUAAUUGAUUUACUACGAUCACAAAUAUCAAAAUUAUUAGAGGAAAAUGAAAAGCUUGUGUCACGAAUUGAUGAUUAUCGACAAAAGAUAGCAUUUAUUGAACGCGAAAAACGAGAAGCAGCAGUAGAUCCAUCCAAUGAAAUUUUAACAUUACAAACGGAAUUAGGUGAAGCACGAAUGAGAGAAGCAGAACUGACUAUAUCAUUUGAAGAAUUACAGCACCGUAUAACAGCUAUAGAUCGGCUUAUAGAAACUGAUCCGGAAAUGGAGAACUUUUUUAAUGCUGUUACCAUAUCGCCAACAAGUUUAUCUAUGAAAAAACAAUCUCAGAUACCUAAUUCAAGUCAGAACAGUUCACCUGCAAAAUAUGCCAAUUAUCAAUCGACACAACACAAUUUAUCUGAUAUGGAAGAUCAACGAAUAGUACACGAAAUUCGUUCAUCCCCAUAUUCAACUGAAGAAAACAAUUCUCAAAAGUUAGCUUCACCAUCAAUCAAUAGAUCUUUGUAUAGUCGUGUAUCUAACAGUAAUAAUAAUAAUAAUAAUAGUUACACUAGUCGAAUUUAUUCUCGUCUUCAAAAUGAGCAAUACAAUAAUAAUUUUAACAAUGAUAUUGAUGGUGAAUUUCCUCGAGGUAUUCAACAAUCAGGAUUGGAUUCACCUCAAAGUGAUAGUGGUUGUAGCCUGGCUAGUCAUACAACAUCUGAUGGUAAAGAUGGAAAAGAAGUAACGAAUGUGUUUGGUCGAGUAACAGUUGGUGCAGAGAAUUAUGAUAAUUCUAAUAAUCGUAUAAAUGUUCGACGACUAACUCAACCUCAUUAUAACUUUCAAAUUGAAGCAAACAAUCGAACAAUGUCUCCUUCUCGUCGAGACAGAAGUCAUGGUGGUGAUGAAGAUGAAGAUUUUGACACAGAGUCAAAAAAUAAUCGUCCAAAAGGAUUUGUUUCAUUAUUACGUAGAAGUCGUAGUAGUGCUGCUGAUCAUGUUAUGAUGAAUGGAUUUCGAAGUGAACUUAACUCUCCUUGUUCUAACGACACAAUUAAUCAUAAUCGAGCAUCAAUAGACACUCCAACACCGACAGAAUCAGGUGCUUCGGGAUCAGAACAAUAUGAAAUAUGUGGGAAUGAGAGAAAACCAGGUGAUCGUUUAAGUCGAUUGAGAGCUUCUCUUAGGCAGUCAUUUGGAUGGCCUUUAUCAAAACCAGACUUUCGAAUGGAAGCCUUUGCAGCUAGGCAAGGUGAAGCUAGAGCUUUGUUAAAACUCAGAGAGACCAGAAUGGAUGUUCUGAGAGUACAAUCCAGAUGUCAAACAUUACAACGUCAUAUUGAUCGUCUGGAAGCUAUCAAUUCAUUUCGUAUGUCUGAACUUGAAGAUGCUGUAGCUAAUGAUCGUGAACUUCGUCAAGAGAUUAGAAAUUUACAAACUCGAAUCUUUCAAAUAGAAGCUGAGCAUCGAGAGUUUAAAGUUGGCCAACGAAUUAAAGAAAUGGAAUUAAUGAGUAAAUUAGCAGAAUCUAAUAUGCGUCUAUCUCAUGCAGAAAUGUCUAAUCAACAAGCGAUUGUCUGGUCCCAAUUGAAUAAAGCACAUGAAGCGGCAGUUGAUUUAUUGACACCAGCACAUUCUCAAACAUCUUUAAUAUCACCUUGUAUGUUAACAGUUGAAUCACCGUCUACUUCACGAUAUACCAUAGCAAAUAAUAGUAAUAAUAGUAAUAAUAAUAACAAUAACAAUCCUGGUUGUAAAGAGGAUGGUAUGGAUACUUGUCGAAACAAGAAUAAUUUUUCAUCAAUUUCACGAUAUGGUGAUUUAAGAAGAGAUGUAAGCGGACGGAAAACAGAUUUAAGCAAAACAACUAUAUUCACAGAGUUUUCUGAUGGACAACACAAUGCAAAUUAUGAAAGUAUAAAUGAUAGACGAUUAAUGAGAUCAGAGUCAAAUUCAUCAACUCAACGAAAUCAUCACCAUCAACAUACAUCUAGUAAUCGACGUGAUAAAUCAAUUGACUCUUUAUCAGAAUUACGUUUAAUGCCAGAAAUUAGCAUUAUAGGGAAAUCUUCAGACGUAAAUCGAUAAUUAUCAUCAUAUCAUUCAAUAACACAUUAAAACAACAAUGACAUUCAAUGUCUUUAUACAUUACAUAUCUGAUAAAUUCACAUAUCAAAAUAGCUCUUAGAUAUAAAUUGCUUCAAUAUACAUACAUAUAGAUAUAAUAUCUGUGUAUAUCGCUGUUUACAAAUGUAUUGUGUAUUCAAUGUUUUAUACCGAUCUGUCACUCAAUAUUAAGUACUUUUUACAUCACUCAUCCUUUCCUAAGCACUUAACAUCUACACUCUUCUCACAGAAACAAAACAAAAGAACACAACUACUAAUAAGCAAAUGAACAUAUAUACAUAUAUAUAUAUCUUAUGAACCAGUGUUUUCAAGUAGUUACCUUUCUUGAAACUUUGUUGUUUCUUCUUAUCUCUUUUUUCUUUUCUUUAUAAUCUCUUGUAGUCAUCAUUUGUACUACCUUUUUUCAUUGUUGUGUUCAAAGAAAAAAAGACAUAUACAGUUUGAUUUUUAGUAACGUAUGAUGAUUCCUUUUGUUUUCUUUCAAUAACUACACUUAUUAUUAUUAUUAUUAUUAUU